AUGGCCUUGGAAGAGGUAUCACCAUCGGCUCACUCUGUCAAUCUAAGUGAUCUGGGGGAUGAUAACAACUCACUUUUCGACUUCGUCGACGUCGAAGCAGAUCCGACGACCGCAACUCACUCCACGCAGAUGGACCAAGACAUCAAUUCUAACGAUUAUGCACGUCAACGACGCGAACUUUUGGACUUGAUCAUUCGACUGCAAGCAAUUGGCUUAGGCAGUGAGCUGGAGCUACCUCAAAUUGCCUGCAUUGGUUCACAGAGCGUCGGGAAAUCAUCAUUAAUCGAAUCCAUCUCCGGGGUUGCCUUACCAAGGGCUAGCGGAACUUGUACAAGGUGCCCUAUUGAAUGCCGACUAAAACGUUCCGAGCAAGCAUGGGAAGCUACUGUUUACCUCCGUUUCGAAAGUGGUAAAAGUGGCUAUACGGGCAGGACCAAAGAAACUCAAUUCGGCUCCCAGAUGACCGAUCGUUCGGACGUUCAAGAGCGAAUCCGUCGCGCACAACUAGCGAUCUUGAACCCAACUAUUGAACCCUCGGAAUUUCUUAAUGCUGAAAGUGAUGCAUUGUAUCCUUCCUCUCGGUCUUUCUCUCAAAACUGCGUUAUUGUCGUACUCUCAGGGAAUGAGCUAUCGGAUCUAAACUUCGGUCCCCUGAUACACCAAAUUUCCUCCCCCCGGCGAAGAGUGGCCGUCGAAAUCGGAAAAGGGACUUACUAUUGGCUCAACGAUGUGGUCGAGCUUGCUGAAGGUGCACGGACGCGUGAAUUACCUGGGGAGUUCCCAUUUGCGGUCACCGAGGAAUUAAUCAUGCGAACGUUGCAUUUAUGGCGCCAGCCUGUGAAGGAUGUAUUCGGACGGGCGGAGCGUAUAUUUGUCCGGCGCCUAACUGCUUUGGUCGAGGCGCACUUCGGACAAUAUACUCAUGGUGGUUUAAGAGCAGUCGUUCAAAAAAUCGUGCUCGAAAAGCUUGAAGAAUUCACUUCCUUUACACUCAACUCUCAUUACUAUCUCGACUAUAAGGAAAAGUUCCUUAAGCAUUAUGCAACAUUUCGUAAUAACCGAAGUGCUCUUGGCCGGUCCCUAAGGGCAAAACCGUCUCCGCGUUGGGAACGCGAAGAAACUGUGGCUGAUCCUCUAGAAGCCGCACUUGAGAACUUAAGGCGAGCUGGCUUCGAUAACUUGAACCGACAGGAUCUGGUCAAGCUUUUGCCCGCCGAUUUCUCUCACAAGCGGCGCUUGAGAUCAUGGCAAGUGCGCGAGCAUACUAUCAAGGUUUAUUUAUCAAUCAUUGACAAGCGCUUUUCGGAUACAGUCCCACUUGCCAUCGACCAUCGCUACGUUCGUGGUUUUGAAAAGGCUAUCCAAUCUACUUUGUCAAUUGUGCGAAAGCGAGCCGAACUCAAUGAUAGGAAAGAGAGGCUGGAAGCGGCGAGGAUGGAGUUGAUGGAAGUCCCUGGUGUUGUGGCUAUGAGGGAAAGACUAUCGAAGAUGAAUUGUUCUUCUGAUCGGGCACGACUCGGAUCACGAAACUUAUCGUCAACCACUCAAGUUGCACACGCACAUACAUCAAGCAAGCAGAAGGUGUCAAGUAGUCCUUCAUCCCCAGUUCCAGUACAAAUAAAAUACUGGAAAUCAAGUGAUCUUUUGUGA